UCUGCAAUUGUUCGAACUCUGGGCUAGGGUUCUGCAGAAUUCUGUCUCCUCUUCUUUGGACUUCAUCGAAUCGUUUUCUAUCGGAUUCCAGUAUCAUUCAGCAGUUUAGACUUUACUCUCAAGGUCCAGAUCUCACCUCCAAUCUCUGUUAGAUUUGCUAUGAUGAUGUAUUGAAUGGACAAAAUUAAGUCAAUGAGGUUCAUCUGUGCUGGGUAUUGAUUGGUUCUGCUUUGAGGACGGCAUAUUCGAUCUAGAACUAGGAUUGAAGCUGUUAGUAUUCUUUUUCAUUUGUUUAAUUUGUACUGUUUUCUACGUGUUGUUGAACCUGUCUCCUCCAUGCCUCACUCCUAUUUUUUUAGUUGUUCUAUUUCUGAUUUGGUUAGGCUCUUUGUUUAGAUGUUUGCUACUAUUUUUGUCCAUCAGCAUUAAAUGUUUAUCCAUUUUUCUUUGCUUAGAUGAAUAUUGGUCUUGCUUGAGUCUUCCCUGUUGUCCUCCUAGAUUUGUUUACCUACUAUUACCUUAAAAAAAGAGUUGCUGCUGAAAUGAAAAAAAUUCUUAGUUUAAAUUACAACCUUUUGGCUCAUAACAAAUCUAACAGUGGAUAUACUGAUCCACGCUGUGUGCUACUGUUUGACUUAAUCCAACAGUAGAAUUGAGAGUUGAGUGGCAAUGCAUGUCUAAUAUACUUGAACUGUUGGAUCGAUUGGAUCAAUAUUAAUCAAGGAUCAGGAUUAAUCCAAAACAAACACAAAUUUAAAGGAAAAAAGGAAAGAAAAAUGGGAAAGACUUGGUUUCCUCCAAAUGACUCAAUGAGAACACCUACCCCUUAAACCUCUAGAUCUUUGGCAACUUUCUCCUUUUUCCUCCUUGCUGUUGGCUUUCAUUUCUGCAGAUUGAUUAUCUUUGGCUUUUAUUUCUGCAGGUUUGUUUUUAACUAUUGUAAUUAUAAAUUUUAAAUUUUUAU